UAACACAGGAGACGCUUUGCAUCAGCAAAUUUAACAAACCAAACAUGAAGGUCCUGAAUGCAGAAGAGCUGCGGGUUGCUGAGGGACUUUUGUUCAAGCAUUUACCGAAAAGUUUAAAGGUGUAUGGACUCUUACACGGCAUGAAAAGGAAUAAAGUAAAUACAGUGGAUGUUGUUGUUGAUACGUGGCCUGAUUUUAAGGUCAUCAUUUGCCGACCAGAUCACAAGAACCCUCAUGCACAACAUCUCAGUGUGUCGUACUACAGCACAGAUGAACAGAUACUGAGAAGAAUGUUGACAGAGGAGAACUCACUUGACUGGAGCACUUAUUUUAUGGUGGGAGGAUUUGAUCUCACCCAUGCCACCUUGUUAAAAGACGUGUCUUCUGCCCGAGGCGUCAAUGCCCAGCUUCGCUGCGUGGUGCAUACUAUGUACCUGCCAGACUGCAGCACUUUGCCCCCAGUAGAAACUGAAAGUGAACUCCAAUCAAGGAUUUCAUCUCUUAACGAUUCCCAUGUUGAGUUAGUGAACAGCACAUGGAAGUUUGGAGGGGACGAGGUGGGCUAUUGGAAUGUAAAAAACUACAUCAGCAACUUCCCAUCCUGCUGCAUCACUGACGACCAGGGUCAGCCAGUGUCCUGGAUUCUGGUGUAUAACUACUGUGCCAUGGGCAUCUUAUACACUCUGCCUGAGCACAGACAGAAGGGUUAUGCCAAAAUCAUGAUCAGCACCCUGGCCAGGAAGCUGCAUGCUGAGGGCUACCCAGUGUACUGCUUCAUAGAGGAAGACAAUGAGUUGUCACACAGGCUCUUCAAAAAGAUGGGCUUUACUGAGGAUCCCUCAUACAGGGCAGCCUGGUUUGAGUUCAACGUUUGAGGUCCUUUCCAUCCAAGUCAGUAUGUCAGAGCUUGUGGACAAUGACCUCCAACUUCGAACCCACUGAUCUAAUGUAAAUGUGCCUGGAGAUUGCAAAAUGUUGUUUUGAUUAUUGUGUAUUAUUCCUGUUCUUUCAAUCAGACAUAAACAGUUGAGGUAUUGGGAAAAAUGCUUUCUUGUGAAUUAAAGUGUGGUUACAAUGUUGUACCAUAAUGAGAAAAAGUGUUGGAAUUAAGUGUUUUGUUUGUGUGUUUCAUCCUGUAUAACUUGUUCAGCUAAAGUGUUAUUUACAUGUUGAAAUAUCCACGUCCCAAGAUUUAUACUUGAAAAACUACUCACCAGUUGAAAAUAUAUAUUCAUGGCUAUAAAUAAGCAAUUGGCACAGCAUAAUGUCUCCUAAAUCACAGCAUUAGUUCCGAGAUUUACUGAUACAGGAAGCAAAAUGCUGUGUAAAUGGGUUGAUAUGAAUAAGCUGAUUCUACAACAGAAGCUUACUAGAUUCAUUCAUUAAAAGCUAUGAGCUCACUAGAUAUAGAAGAGAAAUUUAAUCUUGCAGUGAUGCUCCUCUUGAUUUUUUUAAAUGUAUUUUUGAAGCCAGUAAAUUCAUAUGUUUCAAUUAUUGGUUAUACAUUGAAACAUUUUACUUAAUUCUUUUGUAGUUCGUUGGAAAGUUGCAAUCAAAUGAAAUAUCAACAGUCAUGAAUAACACGGAAUCUAUUGUGUGGAGAGAAGAUAUGCUACUUACGCUAUUCAUGAGUGCUGGUAUUUCACUGAGUUUCUGGUUAACACCAGGCAACAGAAACUUUCUAUCAUUUUGGAAUUGCGUUUACAUUAUUCUUUUUUUUUUUUUCUUUUUUGCAUUGCACUCAUUACAGAGACCAAAUUCUGUAAGCUUGGUUAUCCAAAUGCGUGAACACAGUACAAUGAUGAAUAAAACCUGCAUC